AUGACGGUAGAUGUGGACAGAGACGGGAAGGUCGGCUGCGCUUACUACAUUGCCAUGGAGGAAACCUUGGUGCUGGAGGAAGACAUCCCCAUGGGCGACAUCGAAGCUGUCGACACACUCAUGCUCCACGUCCAACCAACCACGGUUAUCAUACCGAACCGUGCACCGGGCGCUCUCGUCGAGUUCCUCGAGCGAGACGCGCACCGCUACGAUGACAGUGAAGGAUCAAGCGAAGAGCAAGGGGCAUACAUCUUACGCCAUGUCAUCUCUGCGCAGUUUGAUUACGAAGCUGCCAAGGAAGCGCUGGCAAGUAUAGAUGUCGGGCGGCCGAUUCCCGACCCCAUCCAAGUUCGGUCGCCGGAAGAUAAGCCCGCGCAGUCCAUUGGCUCUUCCGUUCACAAUAAGCUCAUGCGUCUUGCCGAGACCAUCAACCUUGACAGUUGCCUGUCGGUCGGCUGUGCAGGCGCGAUCAUAACGGAGCUCGAACGACGCAGGGCUGCCGAGGAGCCAUCAUGGGAAGAUGCCGGCGGCGUCGCGUUCCGAUUGACGUCCAUCAAGAUGAACACGUCCGCCGGCACAAUGCUCGUAAGCGCAGACACUUUGACAUCCCUGCAGAUUGUGCAGUCGGAACUGCACCCCAAUCCCCAGAGACGUUCUUCGAAUAACUCCGAACCCAAAGCAAAAGGGGCUCUCUCGAUCACAGACCUUCUCCAGGCAUUGGCGUCGAGCGCCCAGGGCAAAAGGAGGCUCCGUCAAAUGCUUCUUCGUCCGAGUACUGACCUUGACGUGAUCAAGGAGCGACACAGGUGUAUUGCGGCUCUCCUUCAUGCGGAGAACAGCGAGGUUGCACAGAAGAUGCGGACGCUGUUGCGAAAACUUAAGAACACCAGAACACUGCUGCUCCACGUGAGAAAGGGAGUGGACCGGAUCCGAGGCGAGUUAGCCAUCCGCGUUGGAGACUGGAAGGCGUUGGUGAGAUUUGCCAUGGCGUCAGCACAAUUGAAGCAAGCCACACACGCGCUGAGAGGAACUUCAGGUAUUGAGAUCUUUGCUAGGAUAUGCACCGAAAUCGACGUGAAACGCUUCAUGCAUAUCGGCGAUGUCAUCAUGCGAACGAUUGACUUCCAGCUCUCCAAGGAGAAUGGCCGUACUGAGAUCCAUCUCGGGGCAAGCGAGUACUUGGAUGGACUGAGACGAGAAUUCGCAGAUGUGUGUCAAGCGCUUCCAGAGGUAAAGGAGUCCGUGGUGCGAGAGGUUCCCCGCGAGGCGGCCCAAUACCUCCAACACUGCACUGUCAUGCCGCAGCUGGGCUUUCUGAUUGCAGUCAAGUUGGAUCCCGAGACAGGGGAAGGGGUAUACCACGGUCAGAACCACCCCGAUGGCCAGUGGAUGAUGUGUUUCACCAGCGGAGAUAUUGUGUACUACAAGAACCAGCUCAUGCUUGAUCUCGACUCUCAGUAUGGCGAUCUGCCCUCACGGAUUGCCGAUGAGGAGAUCGAAGUAAUGAUGGCGCUGGCAGCCGCGGUUCUGGAGCAUGAGGAUGCAAUUCUCAGCGCGUCGGACCUCUUUGGGGAACUUGACAGCUUGCUUGCUCUCGCCUUGGCUGCCGAGAAGUACAACUGGACAGCUCCUACAAUGACAACCUCGAACGUGAUUGAUAUCGUCGGUGGACGCCAUCCGCUUCAAGAACUUCUGGUCCCUUCGUUCAUUCCAAAUGAAUGCGUUAUGGCCGGAGGCUGCGGUGCCGGGCGCUUGGAAGAAGAUAACGAGGCUCCCAAGAACGGCAACAAGGGGCCAGCUCCUUCUAUGCUCAUUCUGACCGGACCGAAUAACUCAGGCAAGAGCGUCUACAUGAGGCAGGUUGCUCUCAUCGUGUACUUAGCACAUACCGGCAGCCAUGUGCCGGCUACCCGCGCGACCAUCGGAGUUACGGACCGCAUCCUCACGCGAAUUGCGACGAGGGAGACUGUCGUCAAUGAUGAGAGCGCAUUUCUGGUGGAUCUGAAGCAAGCGGCCUUCUCGAUGAACUUCGCGACACGACGGAGCUUGCUCCUGAUUGAUGAGUUUGGCAAAGGCACCACGGUUGAGAGUGGCUCGGCACUCUUUGCAGCUUAUCUCACAUACUUUUUGGACCUGGGCGUGGAAAAGCCCAAGGUUCUCGCCGGCACUCAUUUCCACGAAGUCUUUGAGAAGGGCCUCAUCCGGCCCGGGAAGGACGUCGCUUUUGCACACAUGGAUGUCCGUCUUGAUCCAGAAGCUGAGGACCCGGAGGAGCAAGUCACGUUUCUUUUCCACCUUCUUCCGGGACGAGGGCCGUCAAGCUUGGGAGUGCUGUGUGCGGCAAUCAACGGUGUGUCGAGCAGGGUUAUCAGGAAGGCCGAAGCACUCGUGGCAUUGCAGGACAGAAACGAGAGUCUCGUGGAGGCUUGCUCGGAGCUUUCUGAGGAAGACAAGCGGAGACUACGUCAGGCGGAACUUGUUGCUAGGAAGUUUCUGGAGCUGCAAGUCCCAAGCUCGAGCGGUGAACAAGGCGAGGGAAGCACGAUCCGAGAGAUGUUGCAAGCUGUGCUGAAAACAGAAGAGGUGGGCACGCCGAGCCCAUGA